AUGGUAGCUGUCAAGCUUGAACACGCAAAUCUGGCGCAGCAUCAGGCCAACGUCAUGCAGCAAAUGCGCGACUUCUGGAUGGAAGCGCAUCUCUGUGACGUUGUGCUGAAGGACAACGAUGGUGCCGAGCAUCGCGGCCACACGGUCCUGCUCUCUGCUGCAAGCGUAUACUUUCGGAAGCUCUUAGGUGGACCCUUUCAAGAAGCAGACCGGGUGCGACGAAAGGAGCCCGUGGAAAUCGCUGCGUCUAAAGCAGCAACGUCCGCUUUGCUUGACUACAUCUACGGCGGCCAGCCGGAGGUGAACGUGGAAACUGGUCUUGAACUUCUGCGCCUGGCACAGGCUUAUGACCUGCCAACAUUUGCAAGUGCUAUUGAGACGGGCCUGUGCGCAUCCUUAGACAGUGUCAAAGCUCUGCGAAUUCUACAAGAAUCACAUCUUCUCCAUAGUUUGAAAGCCGCCUGUGAAGAGAAAGUUGCUGAGGAGUUUGAGGCUUGCAGCAAGCAUCCAGAUUUUGGAAAACUGGGUGCUCGUCAACUGGCCCGAAUCUUGAAAAGAGAAGACCUGGCUGUGUCUCGGGAGGAAGUAGUGUUGAAGGGCAUCUUCAACUGGCUGAAGGUCUCAGACGACAGAAAGGUCUUUCUAGGCACGCUGCUGCAGCAUGUGGAUUUCCAGGCGUUCUCUGUUGAGAACUUGCUUCGCGCGGGCCGCUUCCCUCUGUGUGGUCCAAGCGCGGCGGAACUGCACCAAGAGGUUGAAGAAGCUUUGCAGAUUCGACAACAGAAGCGAGCUCAGAGCGCCGACAAUUCACAGAGCUUUCAGCCAAAGAGGCGGUGUUUGAAACAUUGGACUCCGGAUUUGGGUGCCAGCGCUGAAACUUGGAGAGAAGUCUUGCCCGUGCCUUGCAACUCCUUGUGCUGGCACGAAGGCCACAUCUACAGCGCUGACUUUCAAGGCAAUGUCUUUUGUUGGAAGCCUGGUGACCCUGCCACCAGCGCACGAAAAGUUGUGGGUCAGGCAGUGGGAACCACUGGAAUCAUUGACCUGGGGGCCUGUGAUGUGGCCAUCUUGCCCACCGGCGAGAUUUUGGUGCUGGAUCUCUCCAAUGAGAGGCUUGUUCGAUUUCAAGACGGAUGUGGACAUUUGGUUUGUGAUCAUAUUGAUGAUUCUCAAGCCAUGUUCCGCUCGCCUAAUGGGGUCGUCUACCUGCUUGUUGAAGGUGGGAAGGUGGUGCAGAAGGUGGUAGGCUCCACUCUCCAAACAGUGAUUGCCUCAGAGAGUCUUCCAGAACACCUGCACUUCCGAGGCAGGGCGAUAUUAGCAACAAAGGGUGAAGUGAUCUAUAUCACUGACAAUCUGAAAGGGUGGACCCGGGUUUUUCGAUUCAAUCGGGCAGAGUCGCUGGAACCUGUUGUGGUGGGAGAAGGCCCGUGGUUAGGCGCAGGCCAAUCGCUGGGUCCAUGGGGCCUCUUCGUAGCCGAAGAUGAAACGAUCUAUGUUGGAGAACACCACUCGCGGAAGGUUCUGGCCUUCCAUCCAGGUAACACAGCUCCCUCCGAAGUCCUGGUGUGUCCGGACGCAUUGCGCCCCGUGGGUCUUGUGGUCCACCACAGAUCGCUGUACGUGAGCAUGGUGGAUGACAUUGAUUUUCCGACAGCCGGGGGUGUCUACGAACAUUUGCUGCCUCCGGAGCUCCAGCUCGAGUGA